GAUGGUGAAGUGGAAAAAACGGCACCAAAAAACGGCAGAGUGGUCGUUGUUGACCCUUUGGUCAACCUGGGGGUUCGAUUUUGGACCCGCAACUUGGGGAUACUUGAUGCCAUGAUCAUUUCUUUUUGACUCAAGUUUGUAGCCUCAGCAUUUGUUUCACCUUCAUUGCCAUGGAUUCGCAGGGUUACGCUUCCAGUGUGCUUCCUGGGGACGUGCCAAUGUCAGAGGAGAUCAUUGGUGAGGAAUUGAUGAACUUGUGGGACAAGAUGAACUUGGAUCAUGUCAAGGCUGUUGAAAUCGAUUCUGCCACCACCGUUUCUUUCGAGGUGUAUUUGAUCCCAGAAGCGCGCAUCCCUUCUCUGUCCCUCAGCGAAGACCCAGGCUCUAAGAUCCCCAAAACAGACGAGUUCAGAGACUUGGAGGUCUCCACAAUGGCUGGGAAAAUCAUCAAAAUCCAAGUUGCUCCAAACUCCAGCGUGGCCAUGGUGAAGGAUGCUUUGCAAAAACCUUUGGGCCUACCUGCGCUGCUGCAGCGGAUAGUCCUUUCCGCCAAAGAAUUGGAGGAUUCAGAACAACUUCCUCCAGAGGUCACUGCGUUGACUGUUUUGCGCCGCGAGCCACCUCCCAUCACUACGGAAGAGUUCUUGGAAAGCCUGGCCUUUGGUGCUCACGCUUGGGACAACACCCUGGUGUCCAAAUGGCAUGGAUUUGAUACCUAUUCCAGCUUUCCAGUGACUAAAGACGAGAUUUUUGAAUGGCUAUGCAACUUCCGAAAAAUGAAGCACACCGCCUUCACGGUCGAACACUUUCUGACGUCGCUGAACGUGUGGUUCCACGAAAGCAGUGGCGAUGAUGAACAGGAAGUAGUGCACCCUGAAAGUUUUUUGACAGAUGUGGGGAAGUUGCAAGGCUUUCUGGAGCAGCAUUGUCACUCUCCAUCUCUGUUCCAGGUCUACGAAGACACUUGCUGUCACGACGACGAUCAGGAGUUCAUGUUGUUCAUUGCAGGUCGUCUGAAAGUGGCAUCUGACACUCUGAUGGUGGCAGCUGUUCACCUGAAUUGUUGGAUCUAAAAAAAAUCCAGGGCACAGAGCCGACCAGGCGAG